AUGCAAAGCAAAAGAAGACUGACACUUAGCACAAAUCCCCAAACCAGAACUGCAACGAGUUCACGUACAUUAUGGCAACGACAUUUGCGUUUAGGAGACCUUUUAUCUCCGCAGUCACGGCUCUUCAAUAUCAAGUUACAAAUAAUUGAAUCUGAUGAAUUAUUUUCGUUACCUGAAUGUCACCGGGACUUAAGUAUUGGUAAACUGAAGAAUCGACUUGAGCUUUAUGUUGGGAUCCCAGUGAAUUUCCAGCGAAUUCAGUAUCUGGAUGAAGCAGAUCUUGAGGAUGAGUCUACUUUGAGGAAACAUGAAAUUGUCCCUGGAGGAAUGCUUACUAUGCGAAUUUGGCCAGAAGAUUCUUGGGGACAAUUGGUGGCUGCAGCUGCAAGUGGAAAGAUCAAGAAGUUGCAAACCGUAGGAGUUACACAGACCUCCGGGUUCAGCACUGCAAAUUCGAAGCUAAUGACGGAAGAAAAGAGGAACGACUGGUUAGCGCAUCGAGCAUUCGUGGCUUUGUUUAUUACUGCUCACAGAGGCCACACAAAGGCAGUGGAAUUUUUGCUCCAAAAUGGCGCUGAUGCGAAACUUAAAACGCCUCUGGGUAGGACAGCCCUCCACGCUGCUGUCACUUCAGGCCAGGUUGAAUGUAUCAGUAUCCUCCUUGAUGGCGGAGCCAGGGUCAGUGAUGAGGACAAUGAAGGACACAACGCUGCACAGCUGGCCCGGCUGUGGAAACAGAAAGAGAGCGAAAGGAAACUCUUCCGGCACAGGUGGAUGAUCCGAACAGGUAGAAGCAGCCAACAGCAAAACAUCAAACAGAAUCUGGAAGCUAAAGCAGAUAUUUCAUUGUACAACUGA